GCGAGGCCUGAGCAUAAGAAUCAUUGUGUUUAUGACGCGUGCAAAUCGUGUAAGAUCACAAGAUGAGACGGUGUAAAGAUGCACGGCUUCGGGUGGUCCAUAUGCAAACGAUGUGUUGUGAGUGUCUUGCUGCUGAUGAACUGUGACGGCGUCAUUGGUUUGAUGGAAAGUUUCCUUUUCCCAAUGCCGGUAAUACUUGUUGCGUGCUUCUGGCUGCCUGGCUGGAUAUGGAAGCCGCGUGAAUCGCUAGUUGACUUAUUUCAUCCAUGGCCCGUCAUAAAGAGAACGAACGUCGUAACGACAUCUGUCAUUCAUUUUAGUUAGAGUGAUACUGAUAAGCCACCGUCAGGCAUGCGAGUAGUCAUACUCAUAGGCAGUACCUUGGUCUUGGUCAACAAAUCCUCUCUUUAGCUGCCAUUAGGCUAGCCUCCGAACAUGUUGAUCCUGCCUGGAAGCAGGCUGGCAACACGUCAAUGGCAGUUGAUGUUGGGGAUGCUGGUUUUUACUAUGUUGCACCGUGAGCUGCUUGUCACCACCUCUGCGUGCAAAUGUGAUCAGUCUAAACACUCAUUCGCCAUGGCAUGGGAAAGCCAUCAGGACCACCACAUGGGGCGGUUAGUAUUUCCAGAUUGUGGAAAUGACUGCGCACCUACAUGUGAAAGACUGGCGGAGAAUGCUACAUCUUGUCGUGACUUCAAAGCACCCGGUCCACCAGUUCUUGAUACAAAGGGCAGCAUCCGUUUUGAAGUUGCCAAACCGCUAAGCCGACCAAGCUCGUUCACAAUCUCCUGGUGCUGCACUGAGCGUCACUCGUCCAGUGUGGCUGGUUUUCGUGUGAAGAUAAUCGACACCAACACAAGCACAACACUGGAUGUUUAUGAUGUGCCUAACCGAUUUGAAUGCGGAAGAUUUCACCUGAGACCAGGAGCAUCGAUUAGCUCAUGUUACUGCGGCUCCAAUUGCUUUGAAUGUGUCACUAGCCGUGCGCUAACAACCCGCUCAAAUGGCCUGUUUUACAUCAAGCCCAAUUCUAAAUGGAAUGUGACUCUUCAGGUUCUGAGUUUACCAUUGGCUGACAACACGACUGACAGUUUAGAUAGUGAUCAGGGAGCUUUACAACACAUCCAAGUGGACAGCUGCCGUGAUCUUGGAUGCAAUGUCACAGAUAUAGCAGACCCUGAUGGUCCCUGUGGUGGUCAGAGUCCUGCUACCCUAACUCAAGUAUGCUUCUGUGUGCCUAUGAAGCCGUGCAUAUUUCCACUGGACGUUGACGUGAAUGACACCGAGUUAAGCUUGUCGUGGACAACACAGGAUCCGCAUGUCUCCGCGACAUUCUUCAAUGUCCUGGUUCGAUCAGGAAACGCGACUGGGAACAGUACUCACCUUGCCAGUGACCUUCAGCUGCCACAAACCUCUGGACGCCUUCUAUGUGACACUGGAAGUGCUCCCACUUCUCCUACAUAUUUUCAACUGCUCGGCUCCAGUAUAUCACAAGUACAAGCCGGUGAUCUCAUAGCUGUCACGAUAACACCAGUGGUGACCAACCAGUAUGGUAACUAUUCAGGUGAAGCAGCACAUUUGGAAUACAGGAUUUCAUCAGCAGAGGCACCCACACUUAACAACAACGAUGUCUCCUUGGAAGAGGAGGCAGAUGAUGGGCCAAAGCUCAGUGUCACCGGAACCAUAACAAUAAGCAUCAUGGCACUAUCAGUGAUUACACUCGGUCUCGUGCUAUGUCUGGUGAGAAGGCGAUAUCAGGAACGGCAAAGAGACCAAGCUAAGAUGCCUAUCAGUGUAUUGCAACGUGAGAAACAGCAGAUCACGGACACAGUGUCCAACUUUGAGCUGAUCAGAGAGUGCUUCAUUCAGACUGGAGUUACGCCUGUCAUGUCCAAGGAGUAUGAGCUGCUCUAUGAAUCUGCAGAUGGCUCACAGAUACUGAUGAAUUUGAUCAAGAUUGUGCAAAAGAAAGGAAAUUCCGCGUUUGGAGUACUCCUGUUCUCCCUGCGAAAUGAAGGCUAUGAACAUCUGUUCAAGCAGAUCUACGACGGUGUAGCAGAUGAUGUUCAGAAGACAGUGGACAGCAUAGUCUACCCACCCAUCCCUCCGAAGAUACGACUAGACCAUCUGUCACUGGAGGAUGAGCAAGACCAAGAUGUGCCUAGUGUUUACAUCAGCUACUCACGCUAUGUCACCACCGGAAUGUCGCAGGACAGGGAUUCGUCGUUCAAGAGAACCAGCUCGCCAGCUGAUGAUGUCACCUACCUAUGUCAGAUGUUGCAAGCACAUGGUGUUGAUGUAGUUAUUGAUCGAGAGCAUCUCAAUGACUUAGCUGACAAUGAGCCACAGUGGAUCACAGAACAGUUCUGCCGGGCACAGUUUGUCAUUGUUGUACUUGACAAUGCCUAUCCUCUGAAUCUAACAUUACAGGCGCAGCAAGCUGUAAUGUACAGCUUAGAUGAUAAUGGCUACAGGCGUGCAUGCCAGGAGAGUCGCCUGUUACAAGGCGAGUCAUACAGUGGCCGUCAUGGCUUCUUGCUGCCAGUGCAGUUUGGCGCUGUCACUAGCUCCCCUCUCCAUGAUGUGCCCAUCCUGCUACGCAACAAGACGCGCUAUCGUCUGCCGCAUCGAUUUGCCUUCAGUAACAAUGACUUCCAGUUGCUGGUGUGUCGUAUUCUUGGUCGUGAGCUGUAUGCCGAGGUGAAUGGCUAUUAUCAGCGUGCUGAGAAUCAUCAGCUACUCUACCCGUCCAUACCUAGUGAUUAUGCAGGUGUUGAUAGGAGCGUUUUUCAAGCCCAUUGAUUUCACACCCGGCUACAGUAGUUGAUUUGAACAAUUUGAAGCUCAUUGAGAUUAUUGCGGCACAGACACACACGGAGGACUAAGCUACUCAGGAUAAGGUUGUCUGCUCAUUAAGAUUACACACACACACACACACACACACACACACACACACACACGCACACACAUGCACACAUGCACACAUGCACACAUGCACACACACACGCGCGCGCGCGCGCGCGUUGAAGACAAAGCCACCAGGAUAGGGCAGGUUUCUCAUUGAGUUUUCCGUACAUUGUCAUACUUGGUAUUGCCUUGGACGUUGAAUGGAGAUGCUGACUGGACAUGCCUGCAGUAUUGUAUUCUGAGCAAACUACUCCUGGGAGUAUCAUUGCACCAUUCCACACAAUCAUGACCUAGUAGGUUAUGUGCAUAAUUUUCACACUACAGUACUUCAAUGCAUUGCUUUGGGGACCCAGUUCAAUGCAAACUGUCUUAUGUAGAAUAUAAACAAUAAUAUAAUUAUGCUGAUUCUUAUGGACACUACACUGUGAUUCUGAAUGCCAUGCAUCGAUGGAAUUGUCUCCGCUGUGUUGAUAAUAACUUGAUAUGCUGGUGGAGUGGGCCAAGAACUCAA